UAAUGCAUUUAUGGAGUACAAUGUGCUGAUUUCAUAUAGAGUUAGAAACAUUUACAUCACACUGUCCUAUUACAAUUUUAGGAAGAAAGCACAUCAAUGAAUAAAAAAUAAUGAGUAUCUCAGAGGUUCGUGCUUCUCGUUUUUCCGGCCUCGCCACCUGGUCCCACCCGGCUGCCCGCACGCAUUUGGCAUCCUGCAGACGCCCGAGGGUGCUCGGGCUGGGAGACUGAGACCCCGGGAUGCGCAGCGGCGUUCGCGGCGGCACCUGCAGAGAUGGUUGGGACCAAGGCGCGUAAGAACGCGCAACCGAGCCCUGCGCGGACUGGGCUCGAGGAGGAAUGCGCAGCUCAGCUCAGGAGACUGGGAGACAAACUGAAUUUCCGGCAGAAACUUCUGAAUCUGAUAAACAAAUUCUGCUCAGGAACCUGACUGCAACAAAAACUUGUGCAUAAGGGGACUCCUUCGAAGGGGAAGUUUCCCACAAUACGUGCAAGUGGUACAAAUUUCAUCAAUUCGAAGAGGGGUCUCAUUGUAAUUGAGAGGAGUGAGAAGGAGCAUUCACUCGCUUGUGGAUGCCCUUGAGAAGUGAAGAUGAAACACCUCAGAAGAAUUUUUGUUGGGUUUUUCGUAUGUCAUUUUUGGGGAUGUGA